AUGACGUUCUACAAAUUUGAUGCCAGAGAGGUGGCGAAUGCUCUGACCUUGCGCGAGGCUUCGCUGUUCCAGAAGAUAAUUCCGCAGAGCUUGGUCAUAGACAUUUGGACAAAAGGAGACGAAAAGAACCUUGUGUGUAGGCCAUUAUUCGAGCACACGGCCUGGUUUAACAGUAUAUCCGCGUGGGUGGCGACGGAG